UCGCGGGGCGAUGAUGGCGCCACCGUACGCCGCUCCCGACAAGGUGCCGAUGAGACCGGAGAUGUCUCUCGCUCCGCUGCAGCAGCAGCGGCACCACGGUGGCGCCCUCUCUCAUGCAUCCAUGUCCGCCGCCAUGAGCAGGGAGAUGCACCAGCUGUCCGCGAUGCAUAGAGGGCCGGCAAACCCCGCGGUGGCGCCGGCAUCGUGGAAGCCAUCCCUGCAGCAACAGCAGCAUCUUCAGGCUGGCGGCAGACUCCCGGUGGAUGCCGCCAACAGGUUGGCGAGGCCCAUGCCUGCGCACGGCGGCGGCGGCGGCGGCGGCGGCGGCAUGAAGCGCCCCCAAGUGGUGGUCGUUGACACGUCGCUGUACAGCCAUUACCCACUGCUGAAGCCUCUCGGUGCAGUCAUCAGCAACCAUGGUCGAUGGCGAAACAUGCCACCAGAGCGUGCUGCACGCCAGAUGACACUGAACCUGGCGAGUCACUGCGUGUUUGGAGAUGACGUGAUGGCACAGUGCACGCUCAGCGGGUGGGGAGGUCGCCAGCAGCUACCACAGGAUGGCAUGGAACUCAUCAAAAGCGUUGUGUCGCAGUACUUCCAAGGUUGCUUCACGUCGGACAAGUGGGAGAGCGUGUGGUCCCGGUGCGUCGAGAGCAUUCGCGACAAGUGCAAGGGCCUGCGCAGCAAGGAUAAAUACAACAGGAUGGGUCCGGAGCCGGGGCAGCCCGGGAGCGAGAUGCUACCUCACGGCACCGCCUUGCACAGCGCCGCAAACAUAAGAGCAGCAGAUGCACAGAUGGGGGUGCCGCCGAUGGUCGGAAGAGCUGUGGAUGGAUGCAGGAUGAUGGAGGCACCGACUCCCGUUCUCUCUAUAGCUGACGAUGAGCCGCCGUUCAUUCUAAAACCAGAGCCACAGUGGUUAUAAUUUACGUUAUGCCACAAUCUAUUUUAUGUAUGUUCCGUAUAUAACCGUAUGUUCAUGCCAACGCAAUGACCUUAUAUAUCGAUAUGUAUAAAUAUAUGUAUAUGAUAUGAUUACCUAAUGUAUUAUUAAAAGCACUUGUAUGGAGGUUAUAUAUAUGUGCAUUUAUAUUUGUAGCACCAAAUUAGACGACAUGGAAAGAAUUAUUCGUGUGUUGUAUGUAUUUGCGUCCCUACUAGUUUGGGGGCAUACAUAAAAUCAACAUUUAUCUGUUUAAUAUAUUGUAAAUAAAUGCUAGAGCGAUCAUGAAUACAACUUUUAGUUAGAAAAGUUGUAUAUAACCGAUCAUUUUACUAGUAAAAUAAAAACGGAUAUCAAUCAAUAAGUAUUGAAGAGUGAAACCAACGAUAUAUGUGUGAAUAUUCCAUUGAGGGUAAUAAUAAACUGUAUUAAACACCA